CGUUCAUGUUUAUAUAUAGCACGAAAACCACGAUAGCUGCCGCGUUGUAUUGUGUAUACCCACAUGCCGCUUCUAUGACUAUCAUUGAAUGGAAUAUGAAGAACAGAUUCAUACAUAUAUUUAUUCUCAUCUGUCUACUAUUACUUACAGAUGCAGAGACAAGAUGUUACUACAAAAACAUCACAGAUAUAUACGGAUAUUACCAUCGAUAUUACUGUGUAACAAAUGUCAAUCCGGGAAUAAUAGCGGGUGUCUUUAUAAGUCUCGUCCUGAUCAUUGCUGGUAUCAUCGGAUUUAUCGUCUUCAGAUGCAGGAGACGACGAGACGGAGAGAAAGCUCCAUUAAUCAAUCAUUGAUUUGUCGUUAUCAUAGAUUUACGGGGUAAGAGAGGUAGAUUAACCCACCCUAAUCUUCUUUUGUUUAGAGGAAAAUAUUCCAGAUCACCAUAGACAUCAAAAUCUGAGAUAUCGUUCCCUGGUUCUAUCACCUAAUUUUCAUGAAAUAUACUUAGAACUCUCUGAAACACAUACUAUAUAAUGCACACAAUUCGAUGAAACUCAAACACACGUAAAGGAGGAAAUACGACAACAAACAGAUGACAUUUCAACUGAGUACUAAAUAUAAUCCAUCGAUAUUUUUAACAGAAAAUGACUGAUUGUGACUACGGAUUACUCCGUUUACCUGAUCAAGAUAUAGAGCUCACGGCGGGUGUAACCGGUGAAUGCUUACUCCUCCUGCACACCUGAUCCCAUCUGGAGUGUCAAGGGUCCCGUGUUUGCCAAACAAAUAUUUUUUUAAUUUCUUAUAGAGUUAUGCGAUUUAUUGCUAUUUAUUAUCUUCACUUUUUCUAUUUGUCUGUGGUAAGUUUGUGUUCCUUGUUGGCUAUUGAUCUGGUAUAUCCAGGGGUCCGUGUUUGCCCAGCUCUCUAUUUUGUAUUUCUUAUAGGAGUUAUGAGAUUGAUUACUGUUCGUUAUCUUCACCAUUACACCUCCAAAGUGUUUUUGGGUCAGAGGCAGGUCUUUACAUUUUCGUUCAAUAUGGCAUUGAUUAAUUGUUAUCCGAUUUAGAUAUCAUGUCAAAGUUACAAUUUUGUUUAUCAAAUCUUCAUAUAUCAUUGUCACGUGAUGGUAUACAUGAGCAUUAAUUGAAAGCAGGAAACACAUUUCAUUCAUUUCCUAACGCUAUUAAACAACAAAUGAUUUCGAUUGUUUCCAUUCAAAACGGAAUAUUGAGAAAAGUCUUUAGUAUAUGCAUUCGAUAUUUGAUUGGACUGUUGCGAAUUGAUAUUUCAAAUUAAGGAGGUAUGCUACACCAGAGAAAUUUGACGUAGAUGAAAAGUGGAGGAUAUGUACAACAAUAUUAUGAAGUUGAAAAAUUUCAAAUUUACUUUAUUUUGUCAAAAAAUACAGAUUUAGUAGAAGGUAAUCUAAAAAAAAAUUUAAAACCCCAGCUGGACCUACAGUUCAGCAGUCAGUAUUCUAUCCUACUGAGUUACUCAGCUAGGUAUUUAAAUGGAAAAGGAAAAGUCAAAUAUUGCUGAUAUAGAUUUUUUCAUCGAUGUUUUUAAAGUAAGUCAGCCAUUAUGACGAUGUAGAGUACUACCUUAAUUGAGUAUUGUAGGAAAUGAAGGGCAAAUAAGUUGUAUGUUUUAUUGCCAAGGUCACUAUCUCGAGAUAUUCUAAUCAUGCAAAUUUACAUAUAUUCUGAUUUGAAGACAAUGUUAUCGGUAAGACUGUGAUGAAAGUUGAUACAUUUAAUUAUUGUCAUACAUGAUUACAGUUUAUCUACCUUUUAGCUAACGUGUGUCCUUGUUCCAAUUUUCUGAUUGAAAGUGUCGAUCUAAGCAUUUAAAACUAAUGUUAGUGAUUUUAAUAAAACACUCAAUUUAAUUGGAUGUAUCACUUUGUAUAUAAUAAAAAUGCAUCAUAUUCAUCUACUCAAAUGAUUCGUUUACAUUUUAGAUAAUUUCUGUCUGUUUUAAAAGGGAUCAUAAUGUAAAAUUUAUACGGUACCAAUUUUGAUACACCAUAUGCGCAUUUCGACAAAUAAUGUCUCUUCAGUAAUGCUCAACCGAAAUGUUUGAAAUCCGAAAUAACAAUGAAGGUUUAUAGCUAUUAUAGGGAAACACAGUGUGUCAAAAAAAUGGAGUCAUAUUCGUCUAAGGAUAAGAGCUAUGCCUGAGGGAGAUAAUCCUUCAUUUUGAAAUGAAUUUCUAAAUUUUAUAACAACAAUUAAAUAUACAUCCGUAUUUUUAAGCUAGUAACGAAGUACUUAGCUACUGGGCUGUAGAGACCCUCGGGGACUAACAGUCCACCAGCAGAGGCCUCGACCCAGGGGUCAUAAUGUAAAUCUUACACGGUACCAAUUUUGAUGCACCAGAUGCUCAUUUCGACAAAUAUAUUACUAAACAAAUGAUCAAUCAUUCCCAGUGGGAGUAAUGGUGCAUCUUAUAUAUAUUAACGCAAUGUUAUGUGGAAUCUCCAAGGAGUUUUUACUAGAAAUUGUAUCAACUUAAACAUUUUGAAAACCUGGUAUUUUACUUUAGAUUUUUAAGGAAGUGUUUAGACAUUAUAUGUCAGUAUCUCUAAAUAUAUUAAACCUUGGUAUAAUUGCAUUUAUACUUUUGAAAAUGAUGAAUGCAGUGUUUAUGAUUUUGCUGUAAAUAAAGGUUUAGGAUAUGAUUAUGUUUUAGAUUUUCAUUAUAGAAUUUGUCUCUUGAAAUGGGUCCAGGCAGUCUUACAUUAACGAAGUUUAUCUGUUUAUCUAUCAGAAUUGAAAAUAUCAUGUAAGUUUGUAAGUUUUGUGUACAUGAAGAUAUAUCGUUGUAGCAAGUAGUACAUGUUCAUGUUUAUGAAGAAUAACUCAUGCACGUUAAUAAAGGGUCGAUUUAAAUCA